AUGAAUACCUUAUUACCUUCCAUUCACCAACAACCAAAACAGCAGCGAACAUCGACAAUAACAAAAAAUUCAAAAGGACAAGCUGUAAGGGUAAUAGUAGUAUCAAAUAAUUAUAAUAAUCAUGAAACAUCCGAUCAUAAGAAUAGUAUAAGUAAACAACAGCAACAAAAUGGAAUUAUAAUAAAAACGUAUAACAAACAAUCCGAACAACCACAACGAAAAAUAAUUCUAAAACAUGCUGGAACAAGAAAAAGAGACAUGAUUAAUGGUCAUAACAUUAAACACCACAAUCAAGAUACAUCAUCAUCAGUACAUGGUUCAAACUCAACCAGAGCUGACUCAAGUGAUAGUAAUAGAACCAAUAGAAAACUGUGGUGGAGUCCUAAACGAAAUGAAGUACAAGUGAAAUCAGAUGAUACCAAAUAUUAUAAGGUUGGAUCAAAAGUUGGUAGUCUGGUAAAUAUCAAUCAUAAACCGGGUGGUGGAAAUGUUGCAAUUACUGAAGAUAGAACGAAAUGGAUAGCGAAUUCCAAAAUUGGCUCAUUAGAAAAUGCUAAUUGGUCACCACCCUUACCACAGAUAUCGGUGAGAAACGAAAAAUUAAUUUGGAAUGCUGGAUCAAAAAUUGGUUCAAUGAUAAAUAUUAAUCAUCGACCUGGUGGCGGUUCUAUAUCAAUUCGAGAUGAACAACUCGAUUUUCGUGAAAAAGCGACACCACGUGUUGACUGUGGAUUUGUUGAUGAGUAA